GCGGCGGCCCCGCCCCCAGCUCUUAAGGCGCGAUCCGCCUCCUGCGAGCCGACUCCGCAGCCCGAGCCCGGGGCGGGGAGACGCGGACUCACUGCCUCGGGACCCCAGGAUCCCCUCCGGCCCGGCCGGCCGGGAAGGACUGAGGCCGCGGCCCGCCCCGCCCGGCUCCCGCCGCCGCCGCCGCCUCCCGGAACCAGAAGAUGCGCUCCAGGAUCCCCCCACCCCUGCUGCUGCUGCUGCUGCUGCUGGCCCCGGGGCCUGGGGUGCAGAGCUGCCCAUCUGGCUGCCAGUGCAACCAGCCACAGACAGUCUUCUGCACUGCCCGCCGGGGGACCACGGUGCCCCGUGACGUGCCGCCGGACACAACGGGCCUGUACGUCUUCGAGAACGGCAUCACCACACUCGACGUAGGCAGCUUUGCUGGCCUGCCGGGCCUGCAGCUCCUGGACCUGUCACAGAACCAGAUCGCCAGCCUGCCCAGCGGGGUCUUCCAACCGCUCACCAACCUCAGCAACCUGGACCUGACUGCCAACAGGCUGCGAGAGAUCACCAACGAGACCUUCCGUGGCCUGCGGCGCCUCGAGCGCCUCUACCUGGGCAAGAACCGUAUCCGCCACAUCCAGCCUGGUGCCUUCGAUGCACUUGACCGCCUCCUGGAGCUCAAGCUGCAGGACAAUGAGCUGCGGGCGCUGCCUCCACUGCACCUGCCGCGCCUGCUGCUGCUCGACCUCAGCCACAACAGCCUCCCUGCCCUGGAGCCUGGCGCCCUGGACACCGCCAACGUGGAGGCACUUCGGCUCGCCGGCCUGGGGCUGCGGCACCUGGACGAGGGGCUCUUUGGCCGCCUGCGCAACCUCCAUGACCUGGAUGUGUCUGACAACCAGCUGGAGCACGUGCCGCCCGCCAUCUGGGGCCUCCGGGGCCUGACGCGCCUGCGGCUGGCUGGCAAUACCCGCAUUGCCCAGCUGCGGCCUGAGGACCUGGCUGGGCUGGCAGCCCUGCAAGAGCUGGACCUGAGCAACCUGAGCCUGCAGGCCCUGCCGCAUGAGCUCUCAGGCCUCUUCCCCCGCCUGCGGCUCCUGGCGGCCGCCCGCAACCCCUUCAACUGCGUGUGUCCCCUGAGCUGGUUCGGCCCUUGGGUUCGGGAGAGCCGCGUGGCACUGAUCAGCUCCGAGGAGACACGCUGCCACUUCCCGCCCAAGAAUGCCGGCCGGCUGCUCCUGGAACUCGACUACGCUGACUUUGGCUGCCCGGCCACCACUACCACAGCCACGGUGCCCACCACGAGGCCCGCAGCCUGGGAGCCCACCCUCUCACCUUCCAGCCUGGCUCCCACUUGGCUGAGCCCCACAGAGCCUGCCACGGAAGCACCUAGCCUGCCCCCCGCCGCCCCACCCACUGUGGGGCCUGUCCCCCAGCCCCAGGACUGCCCAACAUCCAUCUGCCUCAACGGGGGCACCUGCCACCUGGAGGCGCGGGGCCACCUGAAGUGCCUGUGCCCCGAGGGCUUCACAGGCUUGUACUGUGAGAGCCAGGUGCAGCAGGGCCCAAGGCCCAGCCCCGCCCCAGCCACGCUGAGGCCGCCCCGGCCCCUGCCCCUGGGCAUCGAGCCUGCGAGCCCCACGUCCCUGCGGGUGGGCCUGCAGCGCUACCUGCAGGGCAGCGCCGUGCAGCUCAGGAGCCUGCGCCUCACCUACCGCAAUCUGUCGGGCCCCGACAAGCGGCCGGUGACGCUGCGGCUGCCCGCCUCCCUUGCUGAGUACACGGUAACCCAGCUGCGGCCCAAUGCCACUUACUCCAUCUGUGUCAGGCCCCUGGGGGCUGGGCGGGUACCCGAAGGCGAGGAAGCCUGUGGGGAGGCCCGCACGCCCGCUGCUGUCCGCUCUAGCCAUGCCCCAGUCACCCAGGCCCGUGAGGGCAACUUGCCACUCCUCAUCGCCCCUGCCCUGGCGGCCGUGCUCCUGGCUGCGCUGGCUGCCGUGGGGGCAGCCUACUGUGUGCGCCGGGGUCGGGCUGCAGCAGCUGCAGCUCAGGGCAAAGGGCAGGUGGGGCCAGGAGCUGGGCCCUUGGAGCUGGAGGGGGUGAAGGCCCCCUUGGAGCCAGGCCCCAAGGUGACUGAGGGUGGUGGGGAGGCCCUGCCCAGUGGGCCUGAGUGCGAGGUACCGCUCAUGGGCUACCCAGGGCCUGGCCCUCAGGGACCCCUACCUGCUAAGCCCUACAUCUAAGUCCAGGAGUAAUGGACCACCUGGGCCGGGCUCUCAGCCCCACUGGGACCAGCCAGCACCCUCCAGCUGCCAGAGCAAGGAAGUUCUCAGACGCCUAAGACAAAGACACGUUGUGGGAGUGGGGGCUGUUUGAGCGCAGCAAGUCCCUGCCCCUCUCUGGACCUCGGUCUCCUCAUCUGUAAGAUGCUGGGACCCAGGUGAUGACCUCUAAGGUCCUCCUGAGCCUGAGUGCCUAUGAGGACGACUUCUGCCCCGUCCUCUGCAAUGUGCAAGCCCUGGGGCAGGGCUGGGCGGGGCCGGCCUGCUGUGUGCUGGUAACACAGGCCCCCCACCCCAAAGAGACUCUGGGGGCCAGUGAAGGAAGCCGCCAGAAAGCAAGCAGAGGGAGAGUGGGUUUGGGAAUGGGGCGUGUGACCCCAGCCUCAGCCCCAGGGAGCAAAGGAACAAAAGAAACUGGAAAGAAAGAUGCUUCAGGAACAAGUUUUGCUUUUGUUAAAAUAUAUUUAUAAGAAAUCUUUCCCAUUUAUUCUGGGAAAAUGUUUUUCAAACUCAGAGACAAGGACUUUGGUUUUUGUAAGACAAAUGAUGAUAUGAAGGCUUUUUGUAAGAAAAAUAAAAGAUAAAAUAAAAAGAGUGUGUUCUGGCAUGGCGCAAGGGUACCUGAGCUGGGUGGAGGGAGGAUGGGGGUACAGGCUGGGCAUAAGAGGACAGCCCUCUCUGUGGGGAAGUUAGGGGCCAGGACCCCUCUCCCCAGCGGGCACGAGGCCCUGGUCAGCAUCCCCUGGGCUUGGGCGUGCUGCUGCUGUGGGCCAUGCCAAGAAUGGCAGCCCUCUCAGGUGUCCAGUCCUGGGCUGUGUCCGCCCAGCCUCCAUUGAGGUGCCCAGGCCAGUCUCCCAGGCGGAAGCAGGGCCACUUCCAACCUGGGGCAGCCUUACCCUACCCAGGCCAUCUUCUGCCAGCUGGAGCUCAGUGUUCCUGCGAGAGGCUAGGAGGCUCACGGCAGACACAGGCCAAGAGGGUCCCAGAGGGUCCCUCCUCAGGGAUGGGUCUGACAGACAGUUCACUGCCCGCCUUCCUCUGUGGAGGGGUACUUCAGCUGUGUCCUGCCAGGCCCUUGUGCAUGGACCCCGCGUGACCAGCGAAGCCCUUCCUGUAGUCCCGUUGCCCCUCCACAUGGGCUCAUGCUGGGAACCUUGCUCCUGGCCUCCUGCUCCAGCUGCAGAGAAGGGGCCUUGGUGGAGGGGCACACAGAUCCUGAACGGUGGGAAGCCUCUGUAGGUAGGGAGGGAGGGGCCGAGCCAGGGCUGUUAGGUGGCCUGGGGACAGGACCAAAGGUCAGGGUCAAGCUUGCGAAGGCCAGGGGCCUUGUGAUGCCCCUUUACUCUCUGCACUUGGGAUGUGCCUGGUCUUUCCAGAAACCCCGGAAGUGGGAGUGUCCUCCAGGAAGGCCACAGGCCGAGGUGGAGGCAGGGCCAGGGAUGCCGAGUGCAGCUCUGGCCUGGAUCGGGGUGCUGGGAGCUUGAGGACAGUGACAGAAACACACCACCUCUUCCUAGGACCCUCGGGGUGGGAGGGGAGGUGGGCCCUGGUGCCUCAGAGAAGCCCUGCAAAGGCUGGAGUGAGCCUCCCCGAGGCCCCAUACCCAUAUGCCUCCACGGGUCAUGACCCUUGGCCCCCAGCCUCACCCUGGCAGCAAGGACGCAGCCCAGCCAGGCCUGGGGAGCAGGCCCUGAGGCCUGGGGCGUUGAUGUCAGCGCCGAGUCAGGCCUGGCCACGCGAGGCUCUGGAUUCAAUUAGCGGCUGCUGAGGGUUCUGGCACAAGAAGGGAGGAGGCGGGCGGUGGGUCACUGUGGGCAGAGGGUGGUGGCAGUGGGCCUGGGUGGGGGCCCUUCUUCCUGAGGCAGUGGCGGCGGCAGCAGCCCAGGUGGAUUUCCUGUGGGCCUGGGUCCCAUUAGGGGAGCAGCUAUGGCGAGGCCUGCCCUCCCCCUCGCUGCCCCAUCAAAGGGGCCAUUGUGGGCCUUUGGCCACUGCCAAACACGGCGGCUGCUGAAUAAAUGUUUUCACUGCAAAGCCAAACCUGGCCUAGUAGGACGGCAGGGGAUGGGGUGGGGUGGCAAGACCCAAAGAAAGGGGGCUAGCCAGCCCUCCCAGAAAAGGUAUUUGAGGUGUGCCUCAGAUCAGGGGCCAAGGAAUGAAGAGGGCCAGGGGCUGGGUGGGGGACCAAGCCAAGAUGCAGCCCCUGCCCAAGACAAUCCCAAUGGCUCCGGGCCCGGACCAGGGGGACGUGGAGAAAUGCCAGCCCCCAACUGUUGGGUCCUCGCUGCCGCAGGCCCUGUGCCAUGUGGGCUACAAAUCUCCUGCUUCAUGCCCAACCACCUUUCUACAGAAGAGAAUGGCAGGCUGGGAGAGGUGAGACAGCGGCCUGCUCAAGGCAGGCAGGGACAGGGUCCCAACUCCCUGGUCCAGGAUGGGGUUGCCAAGUCAUGGGAUAGGGCUUGGGCAUCUAGGAGAGGGGUGGGGCCAUUGUGUGCAGCAGAGGCUACGAGGGGGAGGGAGGUUACCAAUCUCCAGGGAAUAUGCUGGAGUGUGGGGCCAGUGCCUUUGGCUGAUGGCUGAGCCUGGGGUUCGGGGUCUGGCAAGGGGUGGACACUUCAGUGUCAGGAAGCAAAGACAGGAUUCCAGCCUCCACCCUGCAUGGGCUUGCUGCUCAGGGGACCUCAAGAGAGGAUGGACUUCUCCAGCCUCAGCUGCCUCUUCUGUAACAUGAGGGGAAACAUCCCUAUCUUCCUGUGGCCCGAAGCCAACAUAGCUGACCACUCACCCAGCCCAGAAGCCCCGCACCUGAGACAGGUGGUGUUUCUGCAUCUCAGACUGGAGCAUGAGCUGCUCCUUGAGUGCCAGGCCCUGCUGGUACCCCCACACCUCCACCCUGCGCUGAGCACAAGGCCUGACACACAGGAAGUGAAGGGCGGACAUCUGCAGACCCGCCCCUGAGCCCAGCUUUACCCCGGGCUAGGACCCCGAUGCCUUGCUCCUCCUAGCGUGGCUCAUCUUCCCUCAGUAAGGUACACUGCACAAAUGACAGGGAUGAGCAGGGAGGAGGCCACAGGUGGGAGCAGCGACAGAGGCCCCUGGGAGGGGGGGGCCUAGCUCUCCCGGGGAGAGAACGGGGAGGGGCAUGUGCCUGACCUCUGACCCCCUGUAGCUCUUACAAGAACAUAUACUGUUCUGCCCAAAUUGAGAUGGAAAAUCUGUAAAAUAGAGGACAGCAAGGGGGUUGUGGUGGAGACCCAGGGCUGUGCCCACAGUUAACACUCCACACACUUUCCAUCUUCAGUCCAGUCCACUCGGCAGCCCCCGACACUCCAGGGGGCCAGUGGAGGGUUCUGGCUUCCAAGGAGCCUGGGAGGGCAGGGGAUCUGCCACCUCUCAGGCCAGCCUGGAGGCUGACAUGAAUCCCUGGCAUCCACCAGGGAUGUAGAGAGCUGGAGAGUCCCCAUUCCUCUGUCAAGGGUGUGGGCCUGGUGGGGCAGGGGCCAGAACUAGUGGAUGGAGGAGGCGGGACAAUGGCCUGGCUGCCCAUCUGGGAGUGAUUUGAAAAAUUCCAGGCCUUGCUGGCCCUGUGAGGCUAUUCUUAACUGCUAUAAUUACAGGGGCAGCCUUGGCCAGUGGCACCGUGGGGUCUGGGCAUCGUUAACUCCUCCAGGGGCCAUGCUGGGGCUGGGCCCAGGCUGCUCCACGGGGGAGGGGGACCCAUCCCAGACCAGGGCGGGCCUGGAAGGCAGGAAGUAGUGGGCGGAGGAGCACUUGAUGGCUAGGGCUGCGUCCCUUUGCUUGGCUGGGUCAGCUCCCUCCCUCUGCUGGGGGCCCUGUAGAGAAGGGGUUAUCUGGCCUGGGGAAUUGUGGAGGAUGAGACACCAGCACAGCAUCAGGGCCAAGGGAGGGACUGCUGGACAUGGAGCCAGGAGGCCCAAGAGCUCCGAUUUCUCCAGCACAAGGGGGUCCUAGUGACUCGCUCCUGAACCCCCAAGCGCCCAGAACAGGCAGGAGCCUCACACCCACUGUGUGGUUCUGAGGAAGGCACUGGAUCUCCCUCAGCCUUGCCUCUCUCAUCUGCAAAAUGGGCCUCGCCAGCUCCCCAGCCUCUCCCUGGGCUGUAAGUGAGGAUGCCGUGGAAGAUCACUGCCACCCUGACCGGCACCUUCUCUGAAAGCUCUCACCCGGGUGACACCCUGGCAGGAGCUCUUACGGUACUUAGCCUUCCCCACCCAAGACAUGACCCUCGCUGCUCCCAGGGCUUGAACAGGCCACUGUGCCCACUGAGACUUAGAUUCCCCAGUUGCGAAACAGAAGAUAAAGGGGCUGGACAGAUAGCUAAGGACCAAGGUCCUCUCCCAGCUCUGACCUUUGCAGAUCCCUGCCUGAGGGUGGAGGCGGUGUCCAGCGAGGCCCUCUGUGAGUCCCGCCGAGCAGAGCUAAGGCUUCAAAAUGAGGACUAGGUCCCCAUUCCACCUGGCCCAGCCAGGCUGAUCCCCCACCCUCCUCAGCUGUGACAUGGGGGACCAUCACUGUAGGCCUCCUGGUGCCUGAGCUGGGUGAGCCUAGGCCAUCCUUGCACAGAGCUGGCUUGGCCUGGACCUCAUGGGCACUACCACAAACCCUCCUGCACAUACUUCUGGGGAGGAUGGAAGGAUGAGGUACCCUUGUACUCCUAGGCUACCUGGGCACCCCCUGCCCCAGGACAACCAGGGACAGGAGAGUGGCUGGGGCUGAGGAGGUCUCACUGAGUUGGUGAAUCCAAGGCCUACCUCCCUCUGCCACUCAUGUCUCCCAACCUGCCAGCCCUCUGUCCCCAUGUCACUUCAUGUGACCUCAUGUCCGCCCUGCUAUCACAGCCUCAGGUCUCCUCGGCCCUCAGCCCCACCAAAACACCCACAGCAAAAUCGAGUGCAUUCCUGCGUUUCCCACCAAUGUGUCUGCCAGGUCACAGUCCCCUCCCCAAAUGCCAAAACACACCAGUGUGAGUCCCCAGGCCGGAAUACUUCUCCAUAACCACAGGCCCAUUCUGCUGCUAGGGCCACAUGCGACGGGGUCAGCCGGGCUUACCUGCCCAUGUGGGGCUGUCUCGCCUCCCUGCUGGUGAAGCUGCAGGGGGCUUCUGCAGAUCAGGCCAAGUGCAGGCUUCUUUUUCAAUACACUGAGGCCUAGCUCAGGCUCCCCAACCACUCUGGUGAUCAGCCCUCCCAGACAGGAGCUGAGCGGGGCGAGGCUGCUCUGGCUGGAUCGGGCCUCCAGCUCUGCAGGAGGCCCCACCACGGCACAUCAGGGGCCCUCACCAGCGGGGCUCAUUCACGGACCUGGCCUCGAGACAUCAUCUGGGUCCUUGACACCCACCCCAGCCUGUCCCAACAUGCAGCC